GGAGGCUGGGUAUACGGACUAUAGCCUUGAUGGAUGUGUGGAUAUAUACAUGUGGGGCUUCUGGGAGGAGCGCUCCCUCUAAAGCUCGUGGCACCGUCUGGUGAUGUAGCAGAUCAGCCUGAGCAGCAGCAGCAGCAGCAGAGCAGCGAGCAGGCAGGGCGCAGCAUCACACAGUCAAGGAACUGCAACUACAGGAAGAGGCGCUAGGAGGCCCAAGCACAGCAGGCAGUUAAAAAGCCUCAACCCACAGGAGUGGUGCCUGUGGAUGGACAGUGCAGGCACCAAUGGCGUCACAGGAGCUCGUGGAUGCGAGAGACUCUGCUGCUGAGAGUCUGAACCCAGGAAUGGAGGGUGGUGCUGCGCCCAGCAACGGUAAAAACUGUCCCCUCCAUACACCUGGCGGAGAGGAUACAAAGAGGGGCUUUAGGAAAGGCAUAGGGAGGCACAAUGACUACGUGAAGAUUUCCGUGCCAGAGUCAAAAGUCAGCCGGCUGCCCAUGGAGUGGUGGAAGACAGCGAUUGUCUUCUUUUACGCUGGCUUUAACUUGGUCCUCACAACAGUCGUCAUCACUAUUGUCCACGAGAGGGUCCCGCCCAAAGAAAGCAGCCCGCCUCUUCCUGAUAAGUUUUUUGACUAUAUUGACAGGGUCAAAUGGGCAUUUACAGUGACAGAGAUCAAUGGCAUGGUGCUGCUGGCCAUUUGGAUGAUUCAGUUGUUCUUCUUCAGAUACAGGUCAAUAGCAAGCAGGCGGUUCUUCUUCCUCAUUGGCACCCUGUACUUGUACCGCUGUGUCACCAUGUACAUCACCACCCUGCCUGUGCCUGGCAUGCAUAUGACUUGUGCUCCUAAGCUCCACGGAGACUCGCAGGCAAAAAUCCAGCGAAUUCUGCAGCUGAUUUCCGGUGGAGGUCUCUCCAUCACAAACUCACAGCUCUUGUGUGGCGACUUUCUCUACAGCGGACACACUGUGAUGCUCACUCUCACCUACCUAUUCAUCAAGGAGUACUCGCCACGGUCAUUCUGGUGGUACCAUCUGAUGUGCUGGUUGCUAAGUGCCGUGGGUGUGGUGUGCAUCUUGGUGGCACAUGAGCACUACAGUGUGGAUGUGGUCGUGGCCUAUUUCAUCACCUCCCGCCUGUUCUGGUGGUACCACACCAUGGCCAACUUACAGACUCUGAAAUGCUCACCCAACAACUACCUCACCAACACCUGGUGGAACCCACUAUUCAACUUCAUGGAGAGGAACGUCCAAACGUCGAUACCAUGCUCCUACAGCUGGCCCUUCACCUGGCCUCCUGCCUGCCUUAAGAACCCCUGCAAGAAGUACUCCAUGGUACAGAGCACACGAGAGGAGUGACACGACCACGAUACCCCCGUCUACUGGACCGCAACAUGAUACCAAAUGCAUAGCUAUGAAAGAAAUGUUUCUGCAAAAGUGAAGGAUAAUCAUAUCGUCUCUGUGUGUUCUUUGUGGAUGUAAUUUAUUUAUGAGAUAAACUCCUGCAAAGUCAUCAUUUUUUUUUGCAACUCAGCUCCUAGUGAACUUCAGACAUGAACGGACAGUUUGUUGCAGCAUUUGCAAGACUUGACUGUAGCUCUUUCAUACUGUACUGUAUGUGUUGACGGGGUUUACCUCAAUAUGAUAUCAAUGUCCUCAAGUCACAAGGUGCCUUAGUGUGUUUAACGUCAGUAGGUGUACCAAAACGACCAUUACGAGUCUUGGUGUAUUUGUUUUUUACUAUGAGUAUUUUAUUGUUAUUAAUAUGAUUAAUAUUAUUAUUCAUUUUCUAUUCAUCUUAGUAGCCUUGAGUGUGUAUAUCAUAGCUGUAGUCUAAACAUUAUACUAUUGUAUUAAAGUUGAACCAUACUAAGGC